ACUGGGUCACCUGUACAUGUAGUAGUUGAUAACAAAGCAAACUUUCCGACCACAUUCCCAAGUCCGUGUGUGUAUUUGAGGCGAUGGGGAGGCACGCGGUGUUGAGGUGGGUUUUACACCAAAGUUCCUGGAGUCACCCGCCUCGGUGGUCAUGCCAUAGUGCAACCAGGCUGACAGGUGGGUUUAGUCAGCAGAAACACACCGUGUACUCCACGCAAUGGCUACGAAGCUUCGGGUCAACGCCCCCAGUAAGGUCAAGCUCUAUCGUGAAAAGUCCGUACCCAGAUAUAGACCUUACCACCAAACCCCUGGCUGAGGAUGUGAUGAAGGACUGGGCUAAGUUCGGAAACCACAUGGCGCUGGUUGAUGGGACCACGGGACAGAGUUACACUUACUCGCAGCUAAAAGACGCCGUGAUUCGCUGCGCAAGCGCAUUGGUUCGGCUUGGGUUCAAGAAGGGGGACACGUUAGCGCUGUACAGCCCCAAUGUGCCAGACUAUGCCACGGUAUUCAUCGCUACGGCUGCUCUAGGAGGAACAGUGACGUGUGCUAAUCCUAUGUACACACCAGAGGAGCUUGGUAAUCAACUGAAGCGCUCAAAUACCAAGAUUUUAGUAACUCACGAAAUGGUGGCUGGACACGCAAGGGAUGCCCUUGCCAUGGCGCCGAAUGUCAAAGAAACUAUAGUCUUCGGUAACGUGUCGGGGUUUCGUCCAUUUACUUCCAUUCUUGAAGAUGACGGCCACGCUUUCCCGGAGAACGUUGACAUCAAUACCAAAGAGGACGUGCUAGCCCAGCCUUACUCUAGCGGGACGACGGGUUUACCUAAAGGAGUGAUGCUUUCUCAUUACAACAUCACAUCUAACAUAGCCCAGUUAAAUAACGAGAAUGUGAUGAACUAUGAGGGGCCGGAGGAGGUGUUGACCGGCCUGUUGCCAUUUUUCCAUAUCUAUGGUCAAGUUGUAGUCAUGCUCACAGGACUUAAGACGGGAAGCAAGAUUAUUACUUUGCCGAAGUUCCAGCUGGAAUACUACCUUGAAACCAUUCAGAAUCAUAGGGCCACCAUUCUUCACGCGGUGCCUCCUAUCAUUAUCGCCUUGGCAAAGAGCCCUCUGGUGGACAGUUAUGACCUGUCGUCUGUCAGGAACCUGGUCACGGGAGCGGCCCCCUGCACUGAGGCCAUUGCCUCACAGUGUGUGGAAAGACUGAAAUUGAAUCGUUUUCAACAAGCCUACGGGUUGACAGAAACUAGCCCUGUGACACACUGCAAUCCUCCAGUUGGUUAUAAAUUAGGUUCUAUAGGGUUUGCCCUGCCGAACACAGAGUUCAAGGUAAUAGACCUAGAAAACGGCGCAGAUCUGGGUCCUAUGGAGGAGGGAGAACUAUUGGUACGGGGGCCACAAGUUAUGUUAGGCUACCACGACAACCCAGAUGCCACAGCUAAUACUAUCAAAGACGGCUGGCUCCAUACAGGUGACAUUGGGUAUCGUGACCAAGACGAUCACAUGUGGAUCAGUGACAGGGUAAAGGAACUCAUCAAAUAUAAGGGAUUCCAGGUGCCUCCAGCAGAACUUGAAGGCCUGAUCCUAGCACACCCUGCAGUGCAGGAUGUCGCAGUGAUCGGUAUACCAGACGACAUUGCGGGAGAACUGCCCAGGGCCUACGUCGUCCGCAAACCUAACAUGGACGUCAAAGGAGAAGAGAUUGAUGCAUUCUUAGACGAGCACAUAGCACCGUACAAGAAGCUACGAGGCGGCAUAGAAUUUAUUGAUGAAAUCCCGAAAACGGCCAGCGGUAAAAUAUUAAGACGGCUGCUAAAGGAACAGGCUUUGAAGGGCAGAUAAG